AUGGGUGAUAUUGCUGAGCGAACAAGCCCUUUGGCUCGGGACGUGCUUUUGUUGGUUCUGGCGGCCCCAGAAAAUACAACAUGGAAACGUAGGGUGUUGGAGCGCUUUCCCGGUCUCGAAGUUCGCUGGGUAGACAGCCGCAAGCCCGACGGUGGCCACCUCGCGCCAGACGAUGUCCCGGACGAGGUCUGGGAUGGUGUGACGAUAUUCUACUCAUUCACACCUGCGUCCCCGAAGCGCAUGGCGAAAGUCCGCUUCGUGCAGGUGUCAUCCGCCGGGGUUGACCUAUGGAUAGACCAUGAAGUCUACAAGAACCCAAAUGUGCCAUUUUGCACAACAAACGGAUGCCAAUCACCGCAGAUUGCCGAAUGGGUCAUCGGCACCUGGCUGUCCAGCCAACAUCACUUCUUGCGAUAUGCGGAAAACAUGAAGGAAGGCUUGUGGGAUACCUCAAUAGCUGCGAAUACUGAGGACUCAGUCAGUCUCCGGAUGGGCAUCUUGGGAUAUGGCGCGAUAGGCCGUCACUGCGGCAAGAUCGCGCAAGCAAUGGGAAUGGAGGUUUAUGCCUACACCAGAAGCGAGCGGUCGACGCCCGAGUCUCGGAAAGACGACAGCUACUGCAUUCCCGGCACCGGCGACCCGGACGGACUGAUCCCGGCCAAGUGGUUCCACGGCUCAUCGAAGGAGUCUCUUAACAACUUCCUGAACCAGGGCUUCGACAUCCUGGUUCUGGGCCUGCCGCUGACCAAAGAGACUAAGGGUUUCUUCGGAAAGGAACAGUUUGAAAUCCUGUCGAAGCGCAAAACGUUUGUGUCGAACAUUGCCAGGGGCCCGCUAAUCCAAAACGACGCCCUUAUCGAAGCCCUCGAGACGGGGAAGAUCCGGGGCGCUGCGUUGGAUGUCACGGACCCGGAGCCGCUUCCCAAGAACCACCCGCUAUGGAAGGCUCCGAAAAUUUUCAUUACGCCUCAUAUCAGCUGGAUAACCAGAGUCCAUUGGGAGCGGGUCUUGGGUCUGUUGGAGGCGAAUUUGGAGCGGUUGCACACCGAACAGCCCCUCAUCAAUGUUGUAAACAAGGACUUACACUACUAG